AUGGGUCCCUGUUUGAAAACCAUAAAGGCUGUACAAACUGCUUUGAGUGAGAAUUUUGAUAUGAAGGACCUUGGCGAUGUUCAGAAAAUAUUGAGAAUAAAUAUUUUCAGGAACAUAAAGGAAUGUAUGCUUGUGUUGCAUCAGGAACCUUAUGUGUACAAAAUUCUGAAAAAAUUUAACAUGUUUGAUGCUAAACCUGCCUCUGUGCCUUUAGCUGCUCAUUUUAUGUUGAGUAAAGAUUUGUGCCCUAAAACUAAAUUUGAUAUUGAUGCCAUGAAGAAAAUUCCCUAUGCAAAUGCAAUUGGAUCAGUAAUGUAUCAGAUGGUAAGUACCAGGCCUGAUAUUGCCUAUGCAGUGUCCUGCCUGAGUAGAUACAUGGCAAAUCCUGGUCUUGUUCAUUGGGAAGCUUUGAAGUGGCUCCUGAGAUAUUUGAAACAUACUACUAAGUAUGGGUUGUGCUAUUCUAAAUGUGAUGAUGGUGUGUCACCAACUGGUUUUGUUGACUCUAAUUAUGCUAAUGAUAUGGAUAAGAGGAAGUCCACCAUUUCCUAUAUGUUUACAGUUUGCAGGUCAUGUAUUAGCUGGAAGUCUCAGCUGCAGCACAUAGUGGCCCUGUCCACUACCGAGUUAGAAUAUAUUGCCAUUACAGAGGCAAUGAAAGAAGAUGUGUGGUUAACGGGAGUGCUUUCUGAACUAAAAUUUGUGAAGUCUCCUCCUACUGGCUGA